AUUUGGUAAGGCCGACAGACAACAACUGUUGUCGGUUUCAGUUAACGACGUGAUACUGAACUGAACUGAAUGAGAACUGAAAACGCGCACCUUCGCCUCCGAAAAAAUAACAAAAGAAAAAAAAACACGCCAAACAAAAACAAAAGAAUUUCGACCCCAACGUAUCGAAGGAAAAAAAUUGAAAAAAGAAAUAUUUCAAAGGCAACAAUUAAAAAAAUUCAAUUCAGAAUUAUUACAGCAAUCAUUUGAGAAAAUUUGCAAAGAAAAAUCAUUCGUGUUGUGGCACAGUGUUCCGAAAACGAAAUUUAUGUGCUGUGUUUUCCCAGUGCCCUCGAAUUCCUGUCACAUUUUCCGGUUGUCCAUUGAAAAGUGCAAAUUUUGUGUUACAUUCCGAGAGUGGCGCCCAACGUGUUGUGUGUUAUUGUUGACUACAUGAAAGUCAUCCCAAGUGGAGUUGUAAAUCCUGAUUGCGCGUGUGUGUGAGAGCCAUAAAAUAGUCCAUAACUUCCAAAGCAAUCAAGUAUUUCACACUUAUAUCUGUCGUGCAGUGAGUGUGGCUGUGUGAGAUCUUAGCCUAGCGCCAGUCUAUGAAAGAAAAUCAAUGAAAAAUCUACUCUUCUUACACUUGUUUUUCGUGAAAACGUACCCAAAGAAGCAGGUCUCAAGAUAAAUAACGAAAAUCAAAACAAAAAGUAUUUUUUUCGAAAUUAAUUCAUCACGAUUCAGAAAAAAGGCCUAUAAACGCAUCGAAGAGAAAUUACUUAUCUAGAAGAAGAAACAACGAAACAGCACAGUAAAAUAAAAUAAUUGAUGCAUAGCUCUCUCUGUACUCGCGUGCGCGUGUGUGUGCGUCUGUGUGAAAGUGUUACAUAAAAAAGUGUGUAAAUAUUCCAAAGCAAAAAAUAAAUAUCCAAAACUCAACGUAGAAAUCCACACAUCCAAUAUUCGGCUAUCGAUCAUUAAAAUAUUCAACUUCUUUCUGCUGGCUGUUGCUGCACCUGCUGUUUUUGUUGUUGCUGUUGCUGCUGUUAUUUAGCAUUACCGCUUUCUUGGGAUUAUCUAAUUGACCACCGAAAACAGAAACCAAAAAAAAAGAUCAAACAGGACGUUUUUUGGAAUACUCCACUCAAAAAUACGGAAAACAGUUUAGUAAGCCAAACGCAAAAUAGAAAAAACAACAACAUCAAGCUGGUGGCACAAAAUGCUGGAAAGCUGUAUGGCAAACAAAUGAAAUGAAAACUUAGGAGAAAUGUAUUCAUGAAGAAGUGUUGCCAAGAAGAAAAAGAAAAGAAAAAAAAAACAUAAACAAAGGCAAACGAAUUGAAAACUUCCGCAUUGGUUUGAGUUACUGCAAAGAAGAAGACAAGGUAAAACAAACCACCAGACUAGGUAUUAGAGACCCUCCCCACACAUCUUACACCUAUGGUCACACAUGGUUGCAAGGUAAAACAAUAAGCGAGCGCAAAAAAAAGGGAAGAAGGUAUUGAAAUUUAAAACCAAAUUUGAAAAAAACCAAGACUACUUCUAAGCAAAAAAAAAAAAAAAAAAAAGAAAACAUGGCUACCAAAACCAUUAUCAAUUGCCUGGACACACAACAACAGUCUACCUCCGUCAACUCUGUUGCAUCAAACCAAACAAAUUCACAGCAUCAAGGCAUUUCCAUUAAAAUCGAUCCAACCGCUAGUAGUAGUGGUGGUGGUCCAUCAGCAACGGGAAUUGUAAUACCCAAUUAUUCGGGACCCUCCUCCGCUGCCUUGGUCUCAAAUGUCAUUAAAAUACAACAUUCUUGUCAGACCACUGGCCAUGGCACGACACUAACCAACUUGAAUGGCAACGAAGUGGCCAGCAACAAAACCAACAACAACAAUAAUACAAAUAAUAACAACAAAUUACUAAUUGAUAUUAACCGUAAACAAACAACCAUUGGUGAUUCUUAUGGCAAUGAUGAUUGGAAUCCAUCCGCUUGUCUUGCAACUCCAACUCCAUCAUCAUCGUCGCUGUCAUCCUCAUCUUCGUCUGCUGUAAUCCAAGUUAAGUGUUCAACUUCCAAUCCAACCGAUUUUCUUCCAUUGUCCAGGGAAAUGUCGACAGAAAAACCAUUGGAAAUUGCAAUACUGGCUAACGGUAAUGGAAAUUUGAGAGAGAGCAAAAUGGAAUCUAUGAGAGAUGAUGAUGAUCAUGUUGUGAGAGAGAGUCACAAAGAGAGCGGCCCCAAGAGCAAUAACUUCAAUAAUGAAAGUAAUCAAACGUCUCAUACGGCCACAACAACCACUAACACUACCACAACCACAACUAUAACAAAAACAACAACACAACAACUAACUAGUCAACAGGUUAAUGGUAACAAAGAAGAAAAUAAUGGCCAUUGCAGCUUAAACCAGACCAACUCUAAACGGCAAACAACAAAUGGCCAAGAAAAUCAAGGCAAUGAUGAGACUAACUUCAAACCUCAUAAUGAAGAUCAUAAUGAACAUCAUUAUGAAGCUGGGGAACACAACAAAGCCGAUCAUGAUGAUCAUAAUAAUGAUGAUGAUGAUGAUUGUGGUUUGAAAUUUGUUAGUGGUAUUGGUAAGAGAGGAGAUAGUGGCUUAGAUAUCAUUGUUAGUCAUGGUAAACGUUGGCCGGCCAAAGAAAACUCCAACAGUCUUUUAACGCAAGCGGAUACGGCUACAACUCCCCAGCUCCAAUCGAGGCAAGCCACGACAUCAGUGAUUAUUGGUGAAAAUUUCUAUUGGAAAAAAGAAAAUAGUCAAGAGUGCGGUGAAAAUACGGGCAAAACGCCUCCAACUGCCAGUGCAGCAGCUCAUGUUGUGAAAAUCCAAAUAAAUCCCCAAAAUAAUAAUAAUAAACCCAUAACCCCAGCUCCCAAUUCGGCAGUGGAAAAACAAAUUUCCGUUGUGAAAAUUGAAAACGAAGAAUUGUUGGAAAACCAUAACAACGAAAACACAAAAGAAAAUCCAAAAGAAAGUGAAGUGAAUUCAAGUGAAGAAAAAAACAAAGCAGACCAAGAAAAUCAAAAAGAAAAAUCCGAAGAAAACGAAAAAUCUCGCAAAAGUGAAUUACAUUUGAAUUUGGAAAAAAUGGUGCAAAAAUCUCAAAACAAUGUCUCGGUAACGGUAAGCAGUGCAGGCGGUGGAGGUUCUAAUACGAAUAUUACAACCCCAUCGCUGGCGCCCAAUUCGUCCGCUGGCCACAAUUCCGAAUUGAAUGUUACAAAUCCCAGUUAUCUUUACUACUCGACCAUGUCCAGUGGACAAUUUUCACCCUGCGAUACCCUGGACAGUGGCACCGGCAGUGACUUGGAAUCCCAAAAUCACACGCCACACACUCCCACAGCCCAUCUACUGCUGCCGCCCAGCAAAAAACCCUCGGCCAACGGGCUUGAAAUGCAUUUGAAAACCACCAAGGUAAGGGUAUCCUCUUCACAACAUGGCAGCAACAAGGAUCCACGUAAUUGCAACUCAUCCUCCUACACCGAUUCGGAGGAGAGUGAAGCCUCUUCGCUCAGCUGCGAUUCCCUGCAUUCCAGUGAAUUUAUGCGCCAAUCCUCUCAAUCACCCAUACAAAAUAAAAUCCCAUCACCAUCGCGAAAGAUCCUGGGCUCCUUUCUACCCGAUUCCCUGCUGAGGGAUAUUAAAAAUCUCAAACUCAACAACACCGAAUAUGAGGCCGAGAAUGAAAAUGAAGAAGACGAAGAUCACAUUGAACAGCGUAUCAAGGCCCACAAACAGCGCCAGAGUGAAUCGUAUGAACCCAUUAGCUCCCAGGAUUAUAUGAUGGCCCAAAAUGACUUUGUUCAAGCACGCAACACGGAAAAUUCCACCUCGACGAACGUUGCCAAACGUGCCUCACUACCCUCCAAAACAUUUGUACUCAAUCAGGAGGAUGGCACCUUCAUUGACAUUAAAAUGAACUCCAUGCCACGUAAAUAUGAAGCCGAUAAAUACUAUAAUUUCCAUGUCAAUGAACAUGAAAAUUUCCGCAGUUUUGGCAACAACAACACCAACAAUGGUGGCAAUGGAUUUUCCGAGUCAGGCAGUGAAUCACUUGCAGAAUACGAUGGCCGCAACAGCUUGAAUGAUGAUGUGUUUGCCGGCUACAAGGAUCUACGUUGUGGUUCGGCCACAUCAACAAUACGCUCCAACAAGGGCACAGUACGUGGCGUCAAGAAUCGUGUGCGCAAUGGAAUAGCCACGUUCUUGCAGUUGCAGCAACCAAAUAUGAAGAAUUUCAAAGAAAAAGACUCAGGCAAAGUUGUGCUGUACACCACGAGUAUGGGCAUUAUACGCGACACCUAUGCAAAAUGUUCGAAUGUCAAGAAAAUCCUCAGAACGCUGCUGGUCAAAUUCGAGGAACGUGAUGUCUUCAUGAGCGUCGAAUAUCAGCAGGAAAUCAAAGAGAGAAUGCAUUCGGAAAUUAUAAAAGUACCUCAACUAUUUGUCGAAGGCCAACAUAUUGGUGACGCCGAAACAGUGGAACGCCUCAAUGAAUCCGGAGAACUUAGACAGUUAUUAAAACCCUAUAAGUCAAUCGCAACUACCUACACCUGUCAGACAUGCGGUGGUUAUCGUCUGCUGCCAUGUCCCUCCUGCAAAGGUUCCAAGAAGUCUGUGCAUCGAAAUCAUUUCACAGCUGAAUUUGUGGCAUUGAAAUGUAUGAACUGUGACGAAGUGGGUUUGGUUAAGUGCCACAAUUGUUAGAGCGACGGCAAGGCAUGACAGGAGAGGAGCGGCUUAGGCAUAUUGGCGUAUUGUCACUAUUUCCCAGCUGACAUCAAUUCAAAGGAAUGAAGAAAUAUUUGGGUGACAUGAAAUGUGCGUGAGCGUAUGGGCCUGCACGCAUCUGCUUGCGGGCCAGCUGCCUGUCUAACAAAUCGCCGCUCUAGAGCGUGGUGAAUAAUUAGCAUAGCUUAAGAAAAUCAAGUCAAAUGUUUGCAUUUGCAGAGUCUAACAGUUUUUUUUUUUUCAAUUUUGUACGAUAUGUUGUUGUAGUUCGAUAGCUAAGAAGUUAGGAAAAUAGAAAAAAAAAGAGUUUCCACUGAAAAAUAGAGGCGAAAAAAGAAACUCUAUUUCCCAUAUUUGAUUGCAGUUAUUUUUCGAAUUUGUGCAUUUAGUAUGUGAAAAUACUCCCUGAUUUUGAAAUCACACACAAGUUGAAGGCAGGGUGUAGCAUAUUACAAAUAACAACAAAUUCCAAUAAUAACAACAAAUACAAACCCAAUUGUUUAUGUAUGUAAUUUAUCUAUAUAUUUUAUUCUACUUUAUAAUUAUUACUUUGAAAAUAUUUUUGUAUACACAUUUUAUUUUUUUUUCUAAAUUUCUGAUAUAUUAUUUUAAUAUAGUAUUCGAUUUUUAUAUUUUAUUUUUGUUUAUUUACUGCUUGUAAUUAUUGCAAAAAUUAUGUGCAAUUUUUAUAUAAGAGAAAACUGUGUCAAUUAAAUGAAAAAAUUAAAAACUAAACAAAUUAGAAAUCUAAGAUGUGAAACAUACUCGUAUACACACCCACAAAUAAAAACACAUAUAUACAUCGAAUAAAAUCUUAAGAAAGUAACUCACAAAAUAUUUUAAAGAUUUUGAAAUUUAUUUUUUAAAAUUUAAUAUUUUUAUUUUGUUAUAUAAGUAUAUGAAAAAUAAUAAAUAAGUAUAACAAACGAAAUAUAUUUAUAUAAAAUUAUAAUU